CUCAAUGGAGAGAGCAGCGGCCGAAGCCGAGCCUGAGCGCAGCGGCAAAGGCAGACUGUGCAAUGAUUCAGAGAGAGUGUUGAAGACAAAGAGCAGAGAAGAGACUGCAGAGACUGGGAUGGUGUCUGGCAAUGGCGACACUCUUCCCAUUGGCUUUGUGGCGUCCGCAGCUCCGGACACGUUGUUGCCGGCUGGGGACAGCGCCGAAGGACAGCCUGCGGCAGACCCGGUCCUUGCAGCCGAGCUCAUUGCCCGGCUCCUGACAGAGGCGCACAUGGGCGAGCUUCUGGCGUGGGAAGUGUCGUAUGCGGUGGCGGUGGCCGAUGCGCUUGCGUUCAACACGGCGGUGGCGAUUGUUGUGCUCGCCGGCGUGCCGUACGGUCUUUAUGCGCGCACGCUCGCGGCGCUCCAUGUCAACACCUCUGUGCGGCAUCUAGUGCUGGAUGUGACAGCCUCGGCGGCGCGGGCUGACGCUGAUCUUCUCGCCAUGCUGGCAAGCAACGUCGGAAUCGAGUCGAUGUCGGUGCGGCAGCGCGGGCGGCGGUGGACGCUGUCGCGAGCGGCGCUGCUGGGCGAGUCACCACCGACGACGCCGCAGCGCAAAGAUAGCGACAGUAGGCCCGAUGGUGACAGUAGCGAGUCAGGCGGUGACAUAUCGCGUCCAGACGAGCUGGUUGUCCGGGUCCUGCGGGCACGGGGCCUGAGCGCGAUGGCCCGCGGCAGCGACGGAGUGUAUGUGGUGCUCGGCCUCGGGUCGGUCGCAGCACGGACUGAGACGUCCCCGGCGGAUCCGAGCCCUGUGUGGCAGGCGGUGUCGCGGGUCGCGCUGACACCCGAGAUCAACCUUGACACCGAGUUUCUGCAUGUCAUAGUCUUUGCGAGCCGGCAAGGCGAUGACGACCUGGAGUUGGGCUGGGCGGCGAUUCCGAUGGCAUCCGUCUGGCCGCAAGUGCUGGUCAAGGAGUGGGAGGGCUGGGUUGAUCUUGUCGACGGCAGCGGCGGUGCGGUGCGGAUUGGGCUCUCGGGCGUGAUGGGCACCCAGGCGCCGGAGGAGGCGCUCGACGGGGCGACCUCGCUGCGGGCCAUGCAUGCAGCGCUGUGGAAGGCGUACAUGUUUCCCAAGCUCAAGGAGCGACGGGUGACGGGGUGCUCGGCUCGGUCGCGGCCGUCGCGAGUCCGGCGGGCGGUGGCAUCGACGCCUGGCGAUGUCUUAUGCCUCGCCGACGAUCCGGAGCUUCAGCCGCAGUUCUACAAGCGCGAGCGUGCCGAGGCAGUGAAGCCUGUGCCCGGACCGGCGUCUGCGCUUACGUCGCUGCAGACGGCGUAUGGGUCGGACGCAGUGGCUGCGAGCAUGGGCGUGACCGAAGACAUGGUGUACUUUCGGGCGAUGCUUGAUGCAGCGUUUGGAAAGCCUAGCAGCGAGGUGGCGGCACCAAGUGUGCGCACGGCCCGGCGGCUACCCAAGGUGCCUCCGGUGGCAGCGGCAGUUGCGGUCAUUGAGCCUGCAGGGGUAGGGAACGAGCUUGGCGCCCCCAGUCAGGAGCCGGUUGUGCCGCGGCCGCCUGCUGCGCGGCCGCCAGGAGGCCGCAGCCGGAGGACUGGGCGGCUUCGAAUCAAGCCCGGCUACCGCUGGCGGCACGGAGAGCAGCUGGACCCAUUGCGAUUGGAGGGGAGCGAGGCGCCGUCUGUGGGGCGGCGCACAACGCAGGUGACGUCCAGGGCGCCGGGCAUCGACACCUCGCGGGUGACUGAGGCAUCGCUCUCGCAGAUCCCGGAUGCAGUUCGUUUGCAGCGGCAGCUGAAGCGGCGGCGGCGGGUUCGGCGAGUCCGCAAGAAGAAGACGACCAAGAAGAAGAACAAGAAGUCCAAGACCAAGAGCUCCUCCUCGUCAAAGGCCAAGCCGAUCAUCCGCCGCGAAUCGCUGCUCUCACCGCCAAGCGAGGGCCACGGCGCCGGUUCUGGGAGCUCUGCGGGGCUGCACUCGUUUGUGGCGAGCCGCUAUCACGACGACGAGCGCUCAGGGGCGAGCAGUUGUCGUGGCGGCAGCACAGCGGGGGCGAGCGGGAGCGGGUCUGCCCUCGAUGGACGGGCCGAUAAUGCUGAGCCUGCCGAUCUGCACCCACUCGCGGGGCGGUUUUCAGGCUUCCGGCGCUCUGUGGAAGAGCGUCGGAGAGAGCUCGCCGAGUCGCGGCGGCAGUACCAGGAGAAGUGGGCGCGGCAAGCACCGCAACUUGGACAAAGCUCGUCGAAUCUCGCGCUGGUGGCCAAAGCGGACGUGGAUGCGGAUGCGGAUGCGAGAGCAGUUGGGAGCGGGGUGCUGUCUAGGCCGGCGUCGUGGAUGGAGGUUGCUCAGCGGAAUGCCGGCCGUGGCCUGGGCUCGGACCUCUCGGUGGUCAGCGAGAGUGGAAGUGAGUCUGGUGAGAGGAGUGGAACCGUAUGGCGGUCAGAUAUUGACUCGCAUGCUGCCGAGGAUGAGCCGCAGGCUGAUGUGUGGCGGGCGAACGAAGCCGAGGCCGAGCCGCAGGCUGAUGUGUGGCGGGCGGACAAGGUCGAGGCCGAGCCGCAGGCUGAUGUGUGGCGGGCGGACGAAGCCGAGGCUGAGCCGCAGGCUGAUGUGUGGCGGGCGGACGAAGCUGAGACCGAGUCGCAGGCUGAUGUGUGGCGGGCGGGCGAAGCCGAGACCGAACCGCAGGCUGAUGUGUGGCGAGCGGACGAAGCCGAGGCCGAGCCGCAGGCUGAUGUGUGGCGGACGGACAAGGUCGAGGCCGAGCCGCAGGCUGAUGUGUGGCGAGCGGACGAAGCUGAGACCGAGCCACAGGCUGAUGUGUGGCAGGCAGACAAAGCCGAGGCCGAGCCACAUGCUGAUGUGUGGCAGGCAGACAAAGCCGAGGCCGAGCCACAGGCUGAUGUGUGGCGAGCGGACGAAGCUGAGACCGAGCCGCAGGCUGAUGUGUGGCAGGCAGACAAAGCCGAGGCCGAGCCACAUGCUGAUGUGUGGCGAGCGGACGAAGCCGAGGUCGAAGCCAAGGUCGAGGCCGAGCCGCAGGCUGAUGUGUGGCGAGCGGACGAAGCCGAGACCGAGCCGCAGGCUGAUGUGUGGCGAGCGGACGAAGCUGAGACCGAGCCGCAGGCUGAUGUGUGGCAGGCAGACAAGGUCGAGGCCGAGCCGCAGGCUGAUGUGCGGCGAGCGGACGAAGCCGAGGUCGAAGCCAAGGUCGAGGCCGAGCCGCAGGCUGAUGUGCGGCGAGCGGACGAAGCCGAGGUCGAAGCCAAGGUCGAGGCCGAGCCGCAGGCUGAUGUGCGGCGAGCGGACGAAGCCGAGGUCGAAGCCAAGGUCGAGACCGAGCCGCAGGCUGAUGUGUGGCAGGCGGACGAAGCCGAGACCGAGCCGCAGGCUGAUGUGUGGCAGGCGAACAAAGCCGAGGUCAAGUCCCCGGCCAAAGUUCAGGCCGAGUCCAAACAAGAGGCCGAGGCACGGCAAGCGGACGCCGAAUCCCAAGCCAUGUCUGACCAGAUCGUUUCCAGCGGCACAAGCAGCAGCGACCCGAUGCUGGCCGGCUCAGCCACGCUCGGCUACCAGAUGUCGUUUGUGUCGAGUGCGUGUUCAGCAUCAGCAGCACAUAUCGAGGACGAGGUUUCGUCGUCGUCGUCGUCGUCUUCAAGUGCGAUGUCGGCGCUCAACAUCGCGUUCAAGGGCGCGUCGGCAAUCCCACUGCGGUUCUGUAGCCGACGCGCAGUGACAGUUGUCCGGCUUGGCGAGCUAGUGACUGCCACGGCCGAGGCUGUCAUCGAUGCAUCGGGCACGUGCGCUUGGGAAGAAUCGCUCAACAUUCCACUGGCAUUGGCGUGUCCGGGGCCGGCGGACAUGCUGGUCCGACUUGUCUGCGCCGACGCCAACGACGAAGUCGAGGAGCUCGGCUUUGGCGUCCUCGGCCUCUCGCAGCUGGUCUUGGAGCCGCCGCCGUCGAACGAAAUCACUUUUGCUUUUGAGUCGGGUGUGCACCUCGGCCUGCACAUCGACGUUACGCUUUAAAACGAUCUUCUACUG